CUACGUUCAUAUCAACUAAUUAAAUGCAUUCGUUGGUUUCACAGAUAAGAAAAGCCCAUCAUUUGCAUGCACUUUCAGGAGUAGAGAGAUAUAAAGAGACUCAGUUUUGGUCACUAACUGUAGACCUAUUAAACGAUUGCGACUGUCCGAUUAUGACCAGAUGGCCGCAUUACUAAUCCACCCGAAGCGCUCAAUAUCAGCGCCUCACCUUUUGAGAAGCAUGACGCUACCUACCUGAAAGUAAUUGACUCAGAAACGCGGAAGUGAAGUCAACUUAUUUUUUUUUAGCUCAGUACAGUAGUUUUUCAUAUUUUUAGUAUAAUUAGAGCUCCCCGUCUGAAGUAGGGGUGAACGUUUCGUGAGUAAUGAAGACAACGGCGCUCGAACGACAGAAGAUGUGAAUGGGGAUUUUCAAUAUUCUCUCAAUUUGGAUAACGAGCGUAUUGCAACAUGUACUUAAUGGAUCCAGAGCAGGAUGGUAUUGAGCUGCAGGAGAGAAACACGGAUGGCUUUGACAAUACCAUGGAGGCAUUACUCCCAAUUCUGCACCAGCAGAGGACAUAUGAUUAUGUUCUAGUUGCUGAUAAAGUUGAGGACCAGGAUCACCCAAAGUUUCUGAAGCAGGUGGCUUUUAUUGACCACCUGAGGAAGAAAAACAUGAAAGUGACAAAAAUCGUUCAUGUUGACAAGGUGUUUUAUGGUGUCCGGGCCCCGAAGGAGAUCUUUGACAAGUACAGGUACCUACUUAAGGUGUCUGAUUCUUGCAACUGGAGCGGCGACCGGAAAUGUGGCAGGGUUCCUCACUCAACCAGAAUCAGAGUAGUGCAUUACAUCCUACACCACACCCAUAUCAACACAGGAGAGAACCUCAGAGAGCUCCAGGAGAAGGGUGUCUUUGAGGCCGCGUUCUGCCUGCAUGAGAGGAACAAGCAAAAGGUGUUGAAACAAAAGUGGGCACGAUGGUCUGCUCUCUGUACGACCCAGCCUGUCGAUGAUGUCAGGAGUUACUUUGGAGAGAAGGUGGCUCUGUAUUACCUGUGGUUGGGCUGGUAUACCAUCCUGCUGGUCCCUGCAGCCAUUCUGGGUGUGAUUGUGUUCCUGUAUGCACUGGCUUUCUUCAACACCAGCCCCCUCAUAAAGGAGGUCUGUGAGUCUGACACUGUUAUGUGCCCGAGGUGUGACAAAUGGUGUCAAGUAUGGCAGCUGCGUGACACCUGUACCUAUGCCAAGGUGAGUCCUCUGUUUGACAAUGAGGGGACGGUGUUCUUUGCUAUGUUCAUGGCAGUGUGGGCUACCAUUUUUCUGGAGCUGUGGAAGAGACACAAAGCAACGUUUGUGUCUAAAUGGAAAGUAUUUGACUGGUGUGAGGAAGAGGAGGAGCUCAUCCUGGGAGUAGUCAAUGAUCCAGACUGCCAUCCCAAAGAGUUUCGCCAUUCUUAUCUGCGCAGCACUCUGGUUCUGGUGCUGGUCACUCUCAUGUUGGUUCUGAUCAUCGGGCUAACCCAGGCUCUGGUGGUGUUCCGUGUGGUUGCUGCUGUGCUGUUGUCAGAGGGAACAUGGGAGUUUGUAAGGGACCAUGCCAACACUGUAGCAGUAAUGCUGGGUGCUGUACUACACUACUUCACCAUGCAAGUUAUGACCAGAGUCAACAAGGCUGUGGCCUUCAAGCUGUGUGAGAUAGAGAAGACACAGUCGCAUGCAGCCACUGAGAGGAGCUUCACUGUCAAGAUGUUUACCUUCCAGUUCUUCACCCUCUUCUCCUCGCUCGUAUAUGUGGCAUUUUUCCUGGGCAGGAUAAAUGGUCGCCCAGGCAGCUAUGUUCGUAUUUUUGGUAAAUGGAGAUUGGAGGAGUGUCAUCCCAGUGGCUGCCUCACUGACCUCUUCAUUCAAAUGGCCGUCAUCAUGGUGCUCAAACAGACACUGAAUAACAUCUUUGAGUUUAUUGUGCCCUGGUUCAAGAGUUACUUCAAAAGGACUACAACUAAGAAGCUGGAGAGGAAGUGUGGCGACUGCUACAAAAAUGCAUGUCGCGAAGAGGAGAGGAGGGGCCAUGACCCAUGUGAUAUCUGCAAGCUGCAUGAUUGGCUGCGCAACUACGAUCUGAAUGACGUAAACUUUUUCAGUCUCUUCAAUGAGUUUCUGGAAAUGGUUCUUCAGUUCAGUUUCACCACCAUCUUUGUGGCGGCCUUCCCUCUGGCCCCUCUACUGGCCCUCAUCAACAAUAUCUUUGAGAUCCGUCUGGAUGCCAUCAAGAUGGUCAGCUUGGAACGGAGAUUAGUCCCCAAGAAAACCAAUAAUAUUGGUAUAUGGAUCAAAGUUCUGGAAGCUAUUGGUGUUCUGGCUGUCAUUGCCAAUGGGCUAGUCAUUGGGGUGUCUUCAGACUUCAUCCCUCGGCUGGUCUAUCGCUAUCACUACGGACCCUGUGCCAAUGGAGAAGAAAAUGUACACUGUAUGAAGGGCUAUAUCAACGACACCCUAUCCACUGCUCAGAUAACAGACCUGAAUGUGCGGAAGGACUUUUUCCCCAGUCAACUGAUCACAGAGAGCGGCUUCAAUGUUACACAAUGCAGCUAUAAAGACUACAGAAAUGAUGUUGACUACAGCCUCACCUCCCAGUUCUGGCUCAUCAUGGCUGUACGCUUUGCCUUCGUCGUCCUAUUUGAGCAUGUAGUGGUCAUCUUUAAAUGCAUUGCUGCCUGGUUUGUGCCUGACUCCCCCAUGCUGGUGAAGAAUGACAGACUGAAGGAUAAACUCAGUAGGCUCAAAGAGGAACUGCAGGAUAUGAAGUACAGCCAGUCCACAGAUGUGUGAUGACCACAACGGAGGGACAUCCUGAGGCAUGACACAUGACUUUGAAGCCUUGAAAAAGACACACUGACGUGAGAUCAGCAUCUUACAGAAUAGUUAGCGCCUGGUAAUUAUGAGAGGUAGGACAGGCCCAUCUCCCAACACCUCUGCGCUUUCUUCCACAUGGUCAACGCACUGUUUAUACCUGUGUGAUUAAUGGCCACCCGUGGCGCAUGCGAGGAUAUCUUGAUAGCCGGUCGGGGCGACAAGUUUCUACGAGGAUUAAACGGCUCCAAACUGUAUUUCACAUAUAAGCAAGUGUACCCCAAUAUAAAUGAAGCAAUAUACUGACAGAUUAACCCCAGAUACCAGACGCCAAACCACAACUGGGGUUCAUAAGAAGAGGUCCAUAUAACAUUGUAUUUUCUUGAAUGACCGAUGACCCAGCAGUAGCCUCAGCCGAGUCCCCAACAACCAGAUGUUCCAGUUUUCAGGGGAAAUGGAAAGAGAGCCUGUGACGCAACUUCCGCUUUUGGACGUUAACAAGGCGACACUCCAUCUUAACUCCUCCACAUUUACCGGAUUGGUUGAACAGUGCAGAAGAUAAUGUUUUUUUUUCUUCUUCUCGUCAAGACCAGUAUGUAGGGGAUCUAGUUUCAGGCAUUUAUUUUUCCUAAUCAAAAGGGGACCAUCGCAGUCUCUCAGAAUUUUGGUUGGUGUGUAAAACGUGUGAAUUCAGAUAAAUAAGAAGGUGUGAUGGGUCCGUACACCAAACAUGUUUUGACUGCAUCAGGGAUAGCGUACAGGCUUUUCAACUUUGCAGCCUUCUUCAGUGUGUAGAUGUAUUUUAUGCCUGUUACAUUAGGUUAACCUAGCAGGGAUACCUAUACAGUAACAGAGUUGGGGUUAAUUUUGUUUCACAAACUGUACGUGCUAUACAAAUGGAAAACCUGAGUUGAAAUGUAUUGUCUCCCUUACUCUGGCCAAUAUUAAUGUUUUACAAAGAACUGAGGUAGUUUUAUUUUUGGUAAGGGUGUAACAACCUGUUUUGCAAAUACUGUACUGAUGUUUCCUGUUUACAUGCUUUUAGUAACCUCAAUGUUCUCUCAACAUAAAGAAUCACAAAGUGUGAAUAAUGUAAUUUAUCUUUGAAAUAUGAAUAUCUUUGUUAUAUAAUUAUGCAUCUCUUAACUUUACUUUUAAUCCACUGCAUUAAUUCUUUAUUUGAAAUGAUAUUUGGGAAAAUUGUGUUAUCGCUUUUUAAAUUCAAACAUAGGGUUGCUUCAUGUUGUGUGUAUGAGCAAGAGUUUUUGUAAAAACAUUUGAAGUAUAAUUCAGAAAUGACUUGAGCCAAUACCUAUGGAUAUUGUAUUGUUGUUGGAAAGGUGUACAUUUUGAGUUGCUUUAUAGUUUUUUUUACUGUACAUUGUACAUACAGUAUGUGACAGGGUUUUGCUCAUCAGUAUCACCUGCGUGAAAGUGCAUUAUCAUUUUUGUCCUUUUGCCUCUCACUUUUGAUGGACAGAUGGGACAAAGAUUAAAGCUUGCAGUGAUUUUACUCUCA